AUGUGUAGAGCUGAGGCACACCAGUUAUAUUGCAGAAAACCCAUAUUUGAUGCACUUGGAGUUCAACUAUUUGCUGUUCUCCAUGAGCACAUUGAGUCAGAGGUAAAAAAUUUCUGGCCUCGAUACUGGGGUGGUGUUGUACUUCUUGAUCGAGGUAGGGACUUCUAUAAAGCUCUUGGAGGGGGAAAAUUGCUCAAGGAGAAGUUCCUAUCGGGAUUUUUGCUGAAUCCUAGAGCACUUUCCAACUACAAGCGUGCAAAAGACAUGCAAAUUGAAUACAAUUUCAAGGGUGAAGGUGAAAUAAAAGGUGGACUCUAUAUUGUAGGGAGUGGAAAGAGUGGCAUUGCUUACCAAUUUAUAGAGAGGAACUUUGGUGAUUGGGCACCUCUAGCUGAAGUCAUUGAAAUCUGUACUCAAAUGCAGAUCUUUUGA